AUGGAGCAAGAAACUUGGGAUUGCAAGCUGCUUGGACAGGCGGCUGGAAGUGGCAAUGAGUUUGAGGCCAUAAUUCGAAACUUACAGCGUCUGGGGCGUUGUCUGUCUGUACCUAUUACCCGAAUUCAGGUGCCAUAUUUCGGACGUGGCCCUGUUGACCAUCCCAUCAUCUCUUUGGAAGACUUCAUUCGCUUCAUGCUACCAAACCAUUCGGAGAAACUCCUAGGCGGCUACAAGGUUGGCAGUGUAGAGAGCCAGCUACUUCUUUCGCAGUUCUGGUCCCGCUACAGAAGAAUGGAUCCUUCCCAUGUGGUCUUCGAGGAUUUCACGUCUCUGUCCCAUGUGGUGCCUCUCGUUCUCUACGGAGACGAAGGCACUGGCGUGCGUAAGCAUCCAGUGUGGAUUCUAGCAUGGAAGCCGGUCCUCUUCUGCCAUACUUCCUCAUGGUGGAGGUCCUACCUAUACACUGUCGCACCGCAUGAAGUAUAUUCCGGUUACAAGGGUGGCACAUCAAUGGGAAAUGCUUGUCUCGAUGCCAUGGUGGGCAACUUUGUCUCCGAGGCUCAGAAACUGUAUCAUCAAGGCAUCGCAAUUCCUGGAGAUGCUUCUGGCAGACUGUUCUUCGCGUUUAUUGGCACAGCCGGUGAUCUUCCGUGGCAGGCGAAAGUCUGGAGACAAACUCGACAUUUCGAGUGCGACCUCUGUUGUCCAUAUUGUAAGAUCACCAAAGAUGACAUUGCUGACCUCAACAACGUUUCUGAUGAGGGGCAGGGUCACCAACCGUGGGAUCAUGGAACCUUGCCUUUGCUCCUGGGUGUGCCUGGCUUCAAUCGCAUGAAUAUGUACCGCCAUGACAUUUUCCAUUUGGGACCUUUGGGCAUUGCAAGGCGGUUUUAUUGUUCAGCGCUGGUAUUGUUAUGUGACUGGGGUUUUUUUGAGGGACGUGAUUUGGCAAGCCGACUUCGUGCAGCGUACGGCAAUUUCCGGUCCUACUGUGCGCAGGUUCAUGAGACCCCACUCGUGAAAGAAUUCACGCUGUCGAACAUUGGGAGGGGGUCAUCGAGGUCCUAUCCCGACUGUAGCUUCAAGGCUUCAGAUGGAAAACUCAUCAUGGAUUGGCUACAAGAGUUCUUGGACAAGCCUUGGCAGUUCGAUGGACGUGGCGUGCUCAAGUGCCUCUUCCGAGCAUGCUGCGACUACAACGACUUUUUUCGACUCUGA